UCAUGCUGCUGCCAGGUCCAGAGUCUCUCAUGGGUCCCUGUACGGCCUCCCAUUGCUGCUGUCUCCAUCGCCACACUCUGCCAUGUGCCACUUUCAGGUCUCCUCACACACUGCUGGGUUCCAUUUUGUCAUAGGGUGCUGGCAGAUUACGGGCCUCCCAUUGCUGCUGCCAGGCCUUAAUCUGCCAUGGGCCCCUGUACCGCCUCCUCAUGCUGCUGCCAGGUCCACAGUGUCUCAUGGGUCCCUGAACCGCCUCCCAUUGCUGCUGUCUCCAUCGCCACACUCUGCCAUGUGCCACUUUCAGGUCUCCUCACACUGCUGGUGUGUUCCAUUUUUUGUC